AUGGACUCGUUCCGCGACCUGUUCGCCGGCGGCGGGAGUGGCGAGGGGUGGGGCGUCGCAGGGGGCGGGGCCGCCGUGAGGGGCGGGGCCGAGAGCGUGUCGUCUGUUGAUUCGACGACACCGCCUCCGGCCCUGCCGACCGGCCUAUUGCAGCCCGAGGAGGAGCGCGACAGGGAGGAGAGGAAGAACGCGAGCUCGAUCAGAGCCCAAAUCGAGAUAAUCCCGUGCAAGGUGUGCGGCGACAAGAGCAGCGGCGUCCACUACGGCGUGAUCACGUGCGAGGGCUGCAAGGGCUUCUUCAGGCGGUCGCAGUCCUCGGUGGUGAACUAUCAGUGCCCGCGCAACAAGAACUGCGUCGUCGACAGGGUGAACAGGAACCGGUGCCAGUACUGCCGCCUGCAGAAAUGCCUCAGGCUGGGCAUGAGCCGGGAUGCCGUCAAGUUCGGUCGGAUGUCCAAGAAGCAGAGGGAGAAGGUCGAAGACGAAGUUAGGUUCCACAGAGCGCAGCUGAGGGCUCAGAACGACUCAGCGCCGGACAGUUCUGUGUUCGAACCCCCUACCCAGUCUACCCCUGAUCAUCUGCACACCAGCUAUAAUGGAGGAUACCCCUACAGCACGGACAUAGGCGCGUACAGUACCUCGUACUACACCGGCCAGACGCAGGUGCAGUCAAACAGCAUCGGCUACGACAUUUCGGCCGACUACGUGGACAGUACUACGGCGUACGACCCGCGGCCCGGAAUGGAUCAGCUGACCGACAACGGCGGUCUCAUGACCAGCAUGGUCACCACCGGCAAUACUAACACAAACGGUGGCGGUGGUGGGGGGGACGACGGAGGCGGGUCGAACGGCCAGCCGACCACCACCAAGCACGCCCCCCUCUCCAACUUCAAGCGGUCGGCGGCCAGCCUAUCGGGCGGCUCGCUGGUGUCGGUGAAGCAGGAGGGGACGGCGGACGCGCUAGUCCCCGCCUACGUGGACAGCACGACGUUCGUCGGUUCGCCGCAGCAGCAGGGGGGCGUGGCCGCGGCGCAGGCGGUGCAGCAGCGGGACGAUUGUGAGUCGGUAGCCCUGCCCAACCCCAGCCAGAUAUCCGAGCUGCUGUCGAAGACGAUAUCCGACGCGCAUGCGCGCACUUGCCUCUACACCUUGGACCACAUCCGCGAGACGUUCCGCAAGCCGCACGACCUCUCCCGCCUCCUCUUCUACAAGAACAUGGCGCACGAGGAGCUGUGGCUGGAGUGCGCGCAGAAGCUCACCACCGUCAUCCAGCAGAUCAUCGAGUUCGCCAAGAUGGUGCCCGGCUUCAUGAAGCUGUCGCAGGACGACCAGAUCGUGCUGCUCAAGGCCGGUAGCUUCGAGCUGGCCGUGAUCCGCAUGAGUCGGUACCUGGACCUGUCGCAGAACUGCGUGUUGUACGGCGACACGAUGCUGCCCUCCGACGCCUUCUUCACCAGCGACACGCACGAGAUGAAGCUGGUGGCGGGCGUGUUCGAGGUGGCCAAAGGCGUGGCCGAGCUGAAGCUGACUGAGACAGAGCUGGCGCUCUAUUCUGCCUGCGUGCUGCUUUCGCCAGAUCGACCAGGCUUGAAGGGCAUAGGAGAGAUAGGACGACUGAGCCAGGCCGUCGUCAGAGCCCUUCGACUGGAAUUGGAGAGGAAUCACAGUCUACCCAUCAAAGGGGACGUCACUGUUUGUGAUGCCCUCUUAACGAAGAUACCCACACUAAGGGAAAUCAGCAUGCUCCAUAUGGACGCCCUCGGCAAACUGAAACGGUCUGCCCCCCAUUUGGAGUUCCCGGCGUUACACAAGGAGCUGUUCAGCGUGGACAGUUGA